AUGAAAGAUGGUGCAAGGCUGAGAAUUGUAAACAAACAAAGUGGACGCCUUAAAUAUUACAAAAUAUUUGCUGUUUCACUGCUCACUGAUAUAUAUACAUACAUUUUUUCUUAAGUUGUAAGCAGCAAGAUGUCUGUAUAUGCACAGGCUUUGAGCUUUAUAGAUACAGCAUUAAGAAUACCGCCACUCUUUAUUAUGGACGAGGUUCUCAAGUGCUGUUUUGGCUUCUCAGGAUCUAUAGGAGUCCGAUAUGCAAGUCUCCUUAGUGAUGGAAAUCCAUUCCUCAAUGAUGAAGGUUUUGGACAGCUUCACCAUGACGAUAUGAAAAUGUGGGCCACAGAAAAUGAUACAAGUUUGGGAUUGGAGGAUUACAGCAUAUUUGCAAGUAUUGCACCUACAGUAGCAAAAGUAUUUAUGUUUAUAUUUGUGUAUAUAAUAGCAACGGUGGCAUUUCUGCUGAGUUCUCAACGCUUAAUUCAAGUUUAUAUAGUUGUUGCAAGCAUGGCUGUGGUGGUUGCUGGAUAUCAAGUGAACAUGGCAACGGUGCGAUACUUAACAUCCCCUCCACUGUCUGAGCAUCCUUCCUUGAUCUAUAGCAUACUGUCUCUCAAUGCUACAGAACUUUGGGAUAGUGGUGGGACCCUCUCCAUAUUAACACUUAAUUAUAUAUUUCAAGGUUCCUUAGGAUAUCUCUUUACUCUUUUAUAUUCAGGACCCCAGUAUCCAUUGUUGCAUAGAUUUAUGAUUCUUUCUUUUCUCUUACCAAAUAUAUCAUUAUUUUUUGCUCUGCCCAGUGGGAUACUUUCCGCUGUACCAUUGUUUGCAGCCUUGCUUCCCUUAGCAGUAGUCAAGUACACAGUUGCCAGCAAUGUACUCAAAUGUACACAAGUGAUUAUUGAAGGUUACCAGUAUUCUCGUAGGAUAAUGAGGGAUUUUGGACUUCAUUCUCUCUUAGAAUCUGAAUGGGUACGACUUAAUGUCCCAAAUGUGUUAAGGACAUUCUGGAUAAUUCGAGUUGCUCAGCAUGUAGUAAUUUUAUUAGGAGAAUUUAUGUAUGCUAGAGGAGAGUAUCAGUCCCUUUGGAGCUUAGAUUCAGAAGCUGUUUAUGUCAUUUUCAAAGGUGUAAUGACACAAGGGUGUGAAACUGCUGUGGCACUACUUGGCAUGACAAGUGUUGUAUCCUAUGUAAGUCAUUAUGUUGGUGUAGUGUUCCAGAUGAUCCUUCUGACAGUAGAAGAUGAUGAAAGAAGCAUGGGAACAGUUUGUGCUAUCUUGUUUUUCAUCCUGGCUGAGCAAAGUGGCUUGACAGUUAUGGAUGGGGAGAAAAGAUUUGUUCGAUUGUGUAGAAAUUUCUGUCUUCUCUUUACAGCAAUGCUGCAUUUCAUACACAAUAUGGUGAAUCCUGUGCUCAUGUCCCUGAGUGCAUCACGUAAUCCAGCUCUCUACAGACAUAUUAGGGCUUUGAUAGUUUGCUUGCUCCUCGUCUUCCUUCCAGUACUGCUGCUGUUUAUACUGUGGUCAUUUUAUCCUCUAUCUACUUGGCUACUUGCUGUUUCUGCCUUUUCUAUACAAGUCAUAGUCAAAACUCUGGUAUCACUUCUAAUUUAUGGAUUGUUUCUUAUUGAUGCUUAUUGCAGUACCUUUUGGGAAAGGUUAGAUGAUUAUGUUUAUUAUAUUAAAGCAUUUGGGAAUAGUGUGGAAUUUGUAUUUGGAAUUCUCUUAUUCUUUAAUGGAGCUUGGAUUUAUUUCUUUGAGUCUGGAGGAUCCAUUCGAGCAUUCAUGAUGUGCAUUCAUGCUUACUUUAAUAUAUGGUGUGAAGCAAGAAAUGGAUGGACUGUGUUUAUGAAACGACGUACAGCUGUUAAUAAAAUUAACUCCUUGCCAGAGGCUACACAAAAGCAACUUAAUGAACAUGACGAUGUUUGUGCAAUUUGUUUCCAAAACCUGCGAAGUGCUAAAAUCACCAAAUGUAACCAUUAUUUUCACAGUGUAUGUUUGCGGAAGUGGUUGUAUGUUCAGGAUUCAUGCCCACUAUGUCAUGAAACACUGUAUAAAACUGAUACCACUAAUGAAAAACAGAGAGUUGGUGAAAAUGGAGGGGAAGUGGUAUGGGAUGUGGGUCCAGAGCAAGAUAUAGAUAGGCAUGGUAACCAUCAAAAUGAAGUACAUGUGAUAGGUAAUGCUGAAAUGCAGAUGUGGGGGAACCAAGACAUUGAUGUCAUUCUUGGUGAAAAUAUGAAUGUUAGAAAUAGAGAGGUAGUGAUUGAUAAUGAAGUAGGAGAGGCUGUAAUAGUGGCACCUCAGGUUGAACACCUUGAAGAUAGGGCUACACACUAAUACCAAAAGGUACUGUGUAAUCAAUUCAACUCCAGGAUAAUGCAAAACAUCCUAUGAAUUAAAAAAAAAAUACGUAUUAAUCUAGAUCAUAUAGAGAUUCUAUCACUGAUCAAUUUAUGCAGUUGGUCAACAAUUGUGAAACUGUGCAGCAGUCGGUUAAUAAAGUUAUUGUGCAAUUUUAUUUAGAGAUAUACCAGUGGGUGAUUAAAGAAAAGGAUAGAUGGUAUUGUGAGGCUACCAGGUGUAUGUAUUUACAGAAUAUAUAUGCAAUAAACCCCUUUGCACCCAUCCAGUUCUGUAACAAGUUGCUUUCUUGACACGGAGUGUUGAGUCGGUAAUUAUGCAUCACUCUGUAUGUCUUAACAUAUGUUGGUCACAUCUGCAAUGACCACAGCUACCUUGCUUCAGUCAUGCAGUCAUUUAUCAUAAGAAUACACCCAUAGAGACAAGUCAGUUAUAAUAUCUUACAGGGACACUAGAUUGUAGGAAAAUGCUGGGAGAGUGGGUGGGUGAGGAGUGUGUUCUAUGCAUGUCCAGUGUAGCUAACUUGGCAUCUAUUCUUAGCUCCUUCCUUAUACGAGCACCUCUGUAACCGUCUUAUGCCACUUUUGUCACCAUGUAUGCCUACAACUGAUUAUGUGUAAGAUGCAGCAAUGUAAAUUUGUUAGAUUGAAAGCCUAUUGACUGCACAUGGAUCAUUAAGACCUCAUUAUAUCUUCACACAAUCAUAAAUGCCCUUUUAAUUCUUAAUGUACAGAUUAAAGUAGACUCCUGGUGUGUACACAGAAAUAUACACCUCUUGGUGUAUAUAUCCUCACAGUAAUGCAAAAUAUUUAUACUAAGGACUUAAAUUUAACCUAGAUGGGCAGUUAUCUCCCAUUAGGCAGCAUUUUUCUCAUUUUGGUGGCAGUAGCACUUAUCAUGCCCAUUUGUAGCUACUGAAGCAAAGAUAUGCUCAUGAUGUCCCAUCUUUAAUAUUUUAUCAAUCAUAACUUUUAAAAUUCUUAAUAAUUGUUCUGUCACUGUUCAGGAAGAACUUUUUAGUAUUAUUUCAAAACUCAUAUCCCUCAUAUUCCAAUUUUAAUAUAAUCUAUAUUGUGAACAACUUUUUUUAGCAUUUUCCCAUUUAUUAAUCUGAAGUCUUAUUUUAAAAGUUUCUUAUUGUAGCAAAUGAGUCUCAUAAUUUUAUUCAUUACUAUGACCCUUCGGUGACAAUCUUUUGCCAGUGAUGACUAAUUUUUUUUUGCUUUUAAUAUUUUAUCAGACUAUAUUGUUCACGAGACCUGCUUUCUCCUAUUUCUAUUACAUGGCAUUUAUCAACAAUAAAUUACAUUAUUCA